AUGUCCCACACCCUCGCCGGCGGCGCGCCAUCUCUGCGCGCCGCCGCCUCCUCCCCUCCACCCACACUGCGCCGCCUGCGCUUGGGCGCGUCGCUCGAGUGCCCUCACCGCCUGCCCCCCUCCGCUCGCAGGUCAGUGAACGCGGUCAUGAUGAUGCUUACCUCCGCGAUCCUCGCGCUCGCCGCCUCUGCCGCCGGCCAGGAGAAGCCCGGCCACGAGCUCCUCUUUGCCGACAUUCCGGCGGACGUGUGCUGGAGCCAGACCGACUGCGAGCCCGCGGUGAAGGUCUUCAAGGACGGCACCGUGAUGUUGGGACUCUACCACUUCUUCUGGGGAGGUACGACCCAUGCAUUGAUGGGCAUGUACAACAAGGCUGUGGCCGGAUCGACCCACACGGCGAUGGGCAUGUGGAACACGGUUAUGGCCGGAUCGACCCAUACGGCGAUGGGCAUGUGGAACACGGUUAUGGGCGGAAUGGCCCAUACGGUGAUGGGCUGGAACAACACGAUUAUGGGCGGGACGGCCGCGACCGUGAUGGGUUACAAAACGGUCGCCACUGGAGGUAUGGCCCAGACCGCGAUGGGUUACGAGACGAAUGCGAUUGGCAUGGCUUCUUUGUCGACGGGUUACAAGACGGCGGCGUUUGACAUGGCGGUUUCGAUGGGAAACGGCACGUUGGCAAAGGGCAUUUCCUCGGUCUCGAUGGGCCCCAAGACCCAAGCAGAAAGUUUUGCGGAGGUAGUGAUCGGUCAGUUCAACGAGCGCAAUCCCAUCGGCGAAUGCGACCAGUUUGGACCCGGCAAACCCUACCCGGGCCCGGCGCCCGAGGGUUGCGCCUCGAGGGGCUGGCCCGAGCGCCUCGAGGGUUUCGAGAUGGACAUCAACGGCACGAUGGUCACGAAGAAGCUCGAGGCGACGGAGAAGAAGCUCGAGGCGACGGAGAAGAAGCUCGCCGCGCUGGAGGCGGCAGUCAUGGCGCUCACGCGCAACCCGUGA